AUGGCUUCUCCCCGCCCUCACAACUUCGGUUCUCAAGGCUAUCCUCUCUCGAACGGUGCGACACCGUCGGGUCCGGCGCCCGGAGCCACGCCGCUCCUUCCCAACAAUGGCAGAAUUAUUCAGAAUGGGCCAACCCGGAUUCUGUGCAUUGCGGAUGUGCGAGGAAAUCUGAAGUCUCUGAAUGAGCUGGCAAAGCAAGCUGGCGCCGACCACAUCAUCCACACUGGUGACUUUGGUUUCUAUGAUGAUACUUCUCUGGAGCGUAUUGCGGACAAGACCCUUAAGCAUGUAGCUCAAUAUUCACCUCUUCUCCCUGAAAAUGUGAAGCGGACGAUUGCACAGGUUCCUCCGCAACAGUCAAUUAAGCAGCGUUUCACCCCAGACCAGCUACCCCUCUCCGAGCUGCCCAUGCUCCUUGACAAGCGCAUCACUCUGGAUGUUCCGGUGUACACAGUCUGGGGUGCCUGUGAAGAUGUCCGGGUGUUGGAAAAAUUCCGGUCGGGCGAGUAUAAAGUGGACAAGCUACACAUCAUUGAUGAGGCCAACUCUCGGCUGCUUGACAUCGGUGGCGUGAAGCUCCGUCUGCUUGGACUGGGCGGUGCUGUGGUGAUGCACAAACUGUUUGACAAUGGCGAGGGCAAGACAACUAUCGCUGGUGGCCAGGGUACCAUGUGGACAACGCUGCUGCAAAUGGGCGAGCUGAUUGACACCGCCAACAGAGUCUACGACCCCUCCGAGACUCGCGUCUUUGUCACUCACGCCUCACCUGCCCGUGAGGGUAUGCUGAACCAGCUCUCCGUCACUCUUAAGGCAGACUUUUCCAUUUCUGCUGGUCUUCACUUCCGUUAUGGCUCUUCCUACAACGAGUUCUCAGUCAAUCCCUCCCUGGAUCACUACCGCGGCAAGCUUGCGGCGUCAAAGGCAUCUUUCACCGAUGUCUGGGAGACUGUGCGGGGUGAGGUAGAAUCCGCUAUCUCCUCCAACGAGGCUCAGAAGACGCUACUGGAUAAUGCUCUCGACGUGGUACAGAAGAUGCCUUCUAUUGCUAAUGGAGGUAACCCCUUCGGUGGCCCUGUCGCCGCCGGCAAUGCUGCUGGCCAGGUAGACGAAAGUGCUUUCAAGAACAUGUGGAACUUCAACCUUGCUGAUGCGGCUUUCGGAUACCUGGUCUUGGAAAUCGAAGGUGGACGUAUUGCGACGGAGAUGCGGGCACAGGGAUUCAACUUUGCCCACCGCAGCGGCAAGCCUGCGGCUGCUGGUGGACCCCAGUCCGUUGCCACUGGCCUUCCUGCUACCACUGCCUCUCCUGCGCCGACCGGUGCCGGUGGUCGUCCGACUGCCUCUACUCCUCAGUUUGGCCAGGCUCCUCCUGCCCGCGGUGGCCCCGCCCCUGGACAACAGCAAGCCCAGGCAAAGGGCCAACCGGCUCGUUCUUCGCCGGUUCCUGUCAUUCCGAAGGCUUCCAGCCCCCAGAUCUCUGCCACAGUCUCUCAACCCACCGGGGAUGAGAAGUCAGCUAGUGCUGAUAUCAAUGGCACCGCCCAGCAGGACAAGGGCGGUGAUUCCUUUGUUCCCCGCGGGGAGAAGAAGCCCAGCAAUGCUCUCUUCGUUUCUAAUGUCGACGGCGAGCAAGCCAUUCGCGAUCUACUUUCCGAGGAAGACCAGGGCAAGGUGGAGAAGAUUGAGAAGUACGGCAAAUUCAACAACCACGUUGUGACGUUCGCGACUGUGGAAGAUGCCAAGGCUGCUCUCGACCAUAUGCCCAUUGAGUACAAGAAGCCGUCUGCCGGCCCUGGGCCUCGCAAGCCGAACUUCAAGCCCUUUGAAGAUCGCAGCCGCGGGCAUGGCAAUGCCGGUACCUGGCAAAGUAGCAACCGAGGUGGUUCCAACGCUGGUCAGCGUGGCUACCAGAGCGCCAGCGACAGUGAGGGUGCUCGUCGGGGUGGAUUCGGUGGCCGCGGAGGCCGUGGUCGAGGUGAUCGGGGCCGUGGCGGCCGUGGCGGCCGCGGUAGCUUCAAGGGGUCGACCGACUCCCCUACAAACCCCUCGGGCGACAAGUCUGCCCCUUCAACCCCUUCGGGUGACAAGCCUGCCCCUUCUGGCGGUGACUCCUGA